AUGGUGGACUUCGCCCUGCCCCCCGUCAGCCCCUCGUUCGAGGGCUGGGGCCCGCAGCUGACUGGCGACGACGAGGCUGGCACCGUGUGGGAUUUCGUCGAGCACCUGGAGAAGUUCCCUUUGCAGCGCAUCUCGAAGCCCGUGGACUUCUCCGCCGCGGGUCAGAAGUACUGGGCCGAACGCGCGGCCAAGGGCAAGGGCAAGGGGAAGGACGGCAAGGGCAAGGGGGGGGCGCCCAUCCUGCAGCUGGGCAAGGACGACGAGGGCUUCUCCCUCGUCGACAACAGGCCGAUCGCCGGCAAGCCCGUCAAGGGCGGCCGAUCGGGCGGCCGCGGCAAGGGCAAGGGCAAGGGCCUGCAGGUCAACUACCAGGAGGGCAUCCUCGGGUCGAAGACCAAGCCGACCUACGUGACUCAGGACAAGGGCAAGGGCAAGGGCAAGGGGAGGGGCGGCCUGCAGAGGAGGCGCGAGCCCUCCUUCAAGGACUGGUCCGUGACGACGAAGACGGAGUGGACCAUCAAAUGGGAGGUUAACUUGGGCUCGCUUUCCAAGCCGCUACUGGAUUCGAACCAGGUAACAUUUGAGGACCUGGCCUGGUGUGGCAAGCUGCACACCUACAACAAGAGGUUCGACAGGAUAACGGCCAAGACGGAGGAGAGGAUGCGGCGGUUUGAGGACUUGAACUUCUUCAACGUCACAACUUCGGAGGACCCGAUGCUCCAGGAAUUCCUCCAGAGCGACGAGCAUGGGGCCACUGUCAUCGCCACGGACCACGUCCUCGCCGCGCUGAUCGCCGCCGCCAGGUCAGUGUAUUCCUGGGAUAUUGUUGUUUCAAAAAUUCAGGGCAAGCUGAUCUUUGACAAGCGCGACGGGUCGAUGCUGGACUACCUGAGCGUCAACGAGAGUGCGCCCGACCCUCCGAACAACGACGACCCCGAGUCGAUGAACGCGCCUGGGAAGCUUUCGCAGGAGGCAUCCUGCAUCAACCAGAACUUUUCCCAGAUGGUCUUGGAGCAGAACAAGGAGCCGGAGCACAUGCAACAUCCAAACCCCUUCACGGAUGAGGACGACGAAGCGCAGGCAGCGUCCGGCGCCUACCGCUACAGGAAAAUCACGAUGCCCGGGAACUCUAAGGCGACGGAUGAGUUCAAGCAGGAGCCUGUGACAAUGAUCGUACGCACAGAGGUGAACGGCAAGAUUGCGGACACCGGCGGCUACGUGUCCGUGAAGGCUCUCCACGAGUACGACCCGAAGCUGAGCAACUGGCGCAACGCCCUGGAGUCCCAGCGUGGUGCCUGCCUCGCGACGGAGAUCAAGAACAAUGCUUUCAAGCUCGGCAGGUGGACGGCUCAGGCCGUGCUGGCUGGGUGCGACUCCAUGAAGAUCGGUUACGUGUCCAGGAUGUCACCGACCGACCCGUGGAACCACAGCAUCCUCGGUUGUAUUUCGCACCAGACCGACGGCUUUGCGGACCAGAUUGGGUUAAGCCAGCACAACAUGUACGGCAUCUUGAGGACAUUCAUAGAUACCAUCAUGGAGUGGGACGAUGGCAAGUAUUUGAUCAUGAAGGAUCCGAUCAAGCCCGUGCUCCGCAUAUACGAUAUCCCGUGGGAUACGUUCAACGAGGACGAUGGUGAUGACGAGGACGAGGAAGAAGAGGAGGACCCAGACCUCGACGAUGAUGGCAACGUGAGGCCUCAGCAAGACUGA